AAUUUUGAUAAGAACGAUUCUUCGUGGUUUUUUUCAAGCAAUCAUUAUCCUAAUUGUUCCUGAUAGUUUUUACAACAAAGUUGAACCAGUAAGUUACAAGCUUGAAGAUUUUGCUUUUAGAGUCGGUGCACAUCUUUGAAAAUCAGAGGAAGUAUUCGCCUUAGCAGUUAGCACACAGUAAACUAAAAAUGAAGAAGUGGUUAUUUUUUAUAGGAACAAUGUGUUCCGUACUUCUGUCUGGAGUAAAACCAACCAAUACCAGUGAUGAUAUGGUAGAAACUCCUGUGGUCGAUAACCAGAAUGCUCCUUUGCUCGCCAUGUUUGACAUGACAAAUGUGAACAAGCGCAUCAAGGCGUAUAUCUCCGACGCUUUCGAAACGAAAAUGUCAGAAUUAGUUAAAAUGAAAUUGCAAGAGGUUUUGAUGUCGAUGAACAUUGAGGAGGAUGUAAAACAAUACAUAGAAAAUGUGAAAGGAAAUUUAACGCUGGACAUUGAACAGGAAAUUAAAGAAUAUAUUAAUGAUGUGAAACAGAAUGUAACCUUGGCUACAUCAGAAGACAUCAAAUCUCUCCGGGAUUCACUACAGGAAGUACAAAAAAUCAUUGCAAAUCAAAGAGACAGCAUGCAUAGCCAGAAUAAAUGUGAAAGAACAUUACAUGAUUGUGGUGAUUUAAAGGGAACAGGCUGCAUAAGCGGCAUGUAUAACCUACUUGCAAACGGUGUCUCACCAUUCAGAGGUUACUGUAAUAUGGUUACUUCCGGUGGUGGCUGGAUAGUUAUACAAAGAAGACAAGAUGGUAGUGAGAAUUUCUACCGAGGUUGGGAUGACUAUAAGAAUGGUUUUGGUAAUCUGACAGGAGAAUUCUGGCUAGGUAACGAAUACAUUUACAAACUUACGUCAGAAGGAGGGUAUCAGCUCCGAAUAACACUAGAGGACUGGAAUGGUGACACGGCAUAUGCUACAUACAAAAAUUUCAGUUUGGGAAACGAAGAUUCUAGUUAUAAAUUGACGAUUGGAGGAUACAGUGGUACUGCAGGAGAUGCAAUGGCCUACAACAAUGGUAUGUUGUUCAGUACAAAGGAAAAAAGAAACACAUGUGCACGACAGACUGUUGGGGCUUGGUGGUAUGGCAGUUGUACUUACUCUAAUCUGAAUGGAGAGUAUCUUCGAGGAAAGACCAGCAGCGAUAAAAAUCACCAUAGAGGUGUUACUUGGUAUUACUGGAAAAAUAGAUGGAACUAUUCAUUAAAGAAAUCUGAGAUGAUGAUCAGAAAACUUUAGAAUAAUUAAUUUAGUCGCAGGCGUCUGUAUCAGGAGCAGACGUUAUUAAAAACAAUGUUUCUUAAUUUGUUUUGGUCGCCUUGUACUGUCAUGUCAUGGCGUUACAUUAAUUUUUCCAAACCAAUUUCCUUCGGUCAAACGAUUACCAGAAAUUGGUAAUAUUUCCAGUAUAAUGUAUAAUAAAAUGACAUAAAAGUA